GACAUUACAGAGCGGUAAUUUUCCUCUCUACAAGUUCUCUGGUCGUCCCUCGUCCGCUUUUUCUUUUUGGUUUAUUUACCUCUUCUUCGACGAUGCAGACGGUGGCUAAAUAUGAACACUCUCUGUGUUACCUCUACACUGUCCAGUCUAAAAGCUCUUCAGACAGAGUCUCUGAGUUCAGUGCAGUGACUCUGCUGGAUGACAGACAGAUUGACUCCUACAGCAGUACAGACGGCAUCAGGACUCCUAAACAGGACUGGAUGAAGGAGAUGAAGGAGAGUGAGUGGAAAGAUAGCAUCGAAAAGCUGAAGUCUGAUAAACAACAGCUAAAAAAGGACCUCGACAAACACAUGAAGGCCUUCAAACACAAAGAGUCAGAUGGUCACAUUCUGCAGUCGAGAGUUGGCUGUGAGGGUGAAAAACAUUCGGACGGCUCAGUUUCACUGUUAAACUGCACUAAUGAAUAUGGCUACGAUGGACAGACUACAAUCUCUUAUAACUGGACCUCGAGUAAAUGGUCAACCUCAGUUAUUCAGGCUAAAGCAUUGGCGGAGGAGUGGAACGCUGGACGUGGUCCAAACGCUGUUCAGAGAUGUGAAGAGUGUGAUCACUGGCUGAAGAUUUAUUCAAAAUACAACACCACUGAAACCAAACAGACUCAAAUGGAUGUUCAUGUGUUUGUGACAAAACGUGUAACUGAUUUGAGGAAGGUGAACCUGACCUGCAUGGGCACAGGCUUCUACCCCAAAGACGUGAAGAUGAGUGUGAGGCAGUUCACCACUUCACUGCCUGAACAUCUACUAAGAUCUUCAGGAGUCAGACCCAAUGAAGAUGGAACUUACCAGCUGAGGAAGAGUGUGGAAAUAAAUGAGGACGAUGCAGCAAAUUACAACUGUUAUAUGAAUCACAGCUCCCUCGACACACCAGUAUUUAAACAGUGGGAUGAAAAAUGCAGUAACUGCCAUUAUGGUCUGAGUGGAGCAUGGAUUGUAGGAGUGACUGUAGGAGUGGUGGCUCUGCUGGCUGUGCUGGGUGGGAUCAUCUAUGUUUGUAUAAAGAAGAGGAAAAGUAGAGGGUCUACAGCUGGUGGUCCUGAGGCUGGAUCAGUGUCCCAACUUUUUUGGAAAUUGGGUUGUAUUAAAAUUCAAUCAUUCCACUGUCCUGAAUAUCAUCUACUUGUCGAGAAGAAACCACUGCCAACAUGUCCAGGCAUCAAAGCCACGGCAUCAAAUUUAACCAAAAAGCUUCCCUAAAAGAGGUCUUCAAGAAUUCCAGACACCAAAAGCAGCAGGAAACCACUCAAACAUGGCACAAUUCUGCACAGAGGAAUGGGCAACAAUACUGAUAGGCCCACACAUCUAAAUAAAAGAGAACAUUUCAUGGGAUGUACUUUUUCUGUAACUGUAGUUAUUAGCCUAAUAGCUUAAUAAUUAUUGCCUUUAGUGAAUGGGGAAAGGUAGUAAAAAUAUUUUUGUGGUUAAUUAGCUUAAUCUCACAUAACAAGUACAAUACAGACUGUCUCCAGAUCCUCCAGGGUUAUAGUUCUUCUCGCUGAUUCUCCUCUUCAGCUCACCCCACAUGUUUUCAGUGGAGUGUAAGUCAGGGGGCUGGGGUAGCCAUGUCAAAAGUUGGAUUCUCUGGUCAUUGAUCAUUUUUUGUGUGGAUUUGGAAGUAUAUUUUGAAUCAUUGUCCUGCUUGAAGAUCCAACCCUGACUUGGUUUUAGCUUUUUGGCAGAAGCACCCAGAUUUUCAUUUAGAAUCUGCUGGUACUUGGACUGGAGUCCUUCAUGCCAUUAAUCCUAAGAAGGUUCCCAAGCCCUUUGGAGGAAAAAUGGUGGCAGAGACAUGAGAGAUCCUCCAUCAUACUUAACAGUGGGGAUCAGGCUCUUCUCUAUAACCAUCCUUUUUACCCACAACCACCUUGAGUGUUUGUUACCAAAAAAGCUCUUUUUUUUGGUCUCACUUAAUCUCACCUUAAACCUGGUUCUUGUCAAAGUUCCAGGAGUAUAGAGAACUUUCUUAUAUGAAAGAGAAAACUUUCUUCUGGAAGGCAUGUUGGACAGUUUGUUGGCAUGGAAGUGGCAUCAUGGAAGAGGCUUGGAGACCCCAAAAUGCACCUUCUGCUGGUCUCCAAUCAUGAUCCUUGGGAAAAGUUUUGCCUCCCUGACAAUCCAACUGUUUAUUACCGCUCUGGAUGUUUUAAACUUCUAGAUCAUUGCCCUAAAAAGUUAAUAGGGGAUUGUAGGCAGUUGACCAAACCACUGUGAGGCACAUAAAGGGCGGUAAUUCAAUCUUUUGAAACUUAAAUAGUUUUAUGUCUAUUUUGCAUCUAUUUAGUACAAAUUCUUUCAACAGUUAUAUAUUAUAGGCAACAACUUUCUAUUGUUUCAUGGAAGGAGGCAGAUCAGGACCACCCCUCAUCCUCCACCUUGUAAUUUUUGCUUAUGGAUACAGUCUAGGCCUUUUUAGCCAUUCAUCCACAUGAUAGGUUAGAGAAUACACAAAUUAAAUGAGAAAUGCAUUUAGAAAUUAUGAAACAGUUUAAAAUAGCUACAUGCCAGAAAAUGCCCAUAUUAAUACAUAGAUUCAUGUUGGGUUCAGCCAGGAAUGUCAACAGUGUCAUGUCAUUUUGGGGCGGUCAACAUCAAACGGCCUGUGUUCAGUAUCUUUAAAGAGCGGCAGUUUAAGAAAGGUACCGACCACAAUCAUACUAUUUUAAGAACAUAGCACUCAGUAAAUGGCAUAAGAUUAUAUAAUGGAGAAAACGCUGGUAACAGUGAUAGGCUUGAUUUGGACAGUCAUUGUUGUCAAAGUCUGUGGCGGCCGCUGAUCUUCCUGGCUGGAUUCCAUUUCCCCACCAGCUCAGGUUUAUGGCAUUGACUUGGGCGUUGUCUUCUCUGCCUACACCGCCAACACGCUGGUCACUCCACUGGCACUUGCUCGGGGACUGCUCACCACGCUGUCUGCUCCUCAAGCUCCUCCACUGCACAGCACUGCACUGCUUGCUGCAGCGUUUGUAUGCCAAGUUUUGGCCUUUCUGCAUUGGUGGUGGCUGCUUGAAGGCUGGCUAGUGCAGUGAGCUGCAUGUAGUGUCUCAGCUCCUCUGUCAGCAGCACGUUUAGGAAGUGUUCCAGCGCUAACUCUUCCUCACAGCCUCAAAUGCCGGUUAUGCCUGUGUGUUCUGUUCUACCACCAGUAUGCUUAUCUGCUGUUCCAUUGCUGGAGGGCUGUGGCCGCUCUGUGGUGCUCUGUCGGCAGAUCCUCAAGCACCUGUAGUGCUUUCCACUCCAGUGCCCGACACAACUAUAUUACUGUUGCAGCCACUGUCCAGCCGUGAUGCCUGGGUGACCACUUGCAGCUGUGCGGAGUACAUCUCUCAGGCACCCUUGCUGGGGCAGCUGUGGCACCCUUUGGAGGGGCAGGCAUAGCACCUGGUACCCUCAUCCUCCAGGCUAUGUCUUCUUCGCCAUCCACCUUCAAAUUCAGAUUUCUCCAAACUCAGCAGCCACAUUCUACACAAAUGUAGCACUGGCGCAGGACACAUUUAUUGAGGGUAGAGUAAACACUAGUUACAUUACAAAGCCCACCGUACUCGAACACAGCUAACAAUAACUCACUUAACAACAAUUGGUCUUCAACCGGGAGUGUGGUGCCUGAGAGCAUUUCCACUUCCCCAUAGCUCCUCACACAGUGCAGAGCCCAUGGCGGGCACCACAGUACUACAAUGAAGAGCAGUAUGCAGUAUUCAGUGGUGCAGUACACAACACACAGUGUGCUAUUUUGAACACAAUCAUGGAUGAUUGUUUAGGACUUACUGAACAUUCAGGUAAUCUUAAAGUUGAGAGAGAACAUGAUAUUAUUUUGCAUUGUGCCAUUUGGUGUAAUUGUUCAAACCACGAGAACAGAAAUGGAGCUGGCUUCUUAAACCCUUCAGCAUCAAUACUGUUCAACAGUGAAUAACAAUUAAAACAAAGUAAAAUACACAGAAAACUAGAAAAUACAUCAAAAUAAAACAAUUUCCAACAGGACGUAUUACAAAAACGUCCUGUCUUUUUGUCUUAAGAUCUGACAGGUCAAGAUAAGAUUUUUCACAAAUUCAUAUUACAGAAGCAAAUCUGAUCUUAAUUUA